AGCUUGGACAUUUUGAUUGAUCGAAGAAGAACUUGAGAUUAGAUCUGUUAAUGCUGGGGUUGUAGAUUUAAUUUGUCAAUGAAGGUUGACAUACAUUUUAGGAGUCCUUAUUAUAUAUAUAGCUACUUAAUUAGCUGGGUAGGGUGCUUAUUAUUAAUAAUUUAUAUGUUGAUCCACGCCAUUAGAUUCACUUCUCCUCUUUUCUCUCUUCUCUUGUGAGUCGUUAUCGAUGAGUUCUUGGUAUUAGAAUAUUAAAUUAUGUUGAUCUUUCAUUUCAAACAUAAAAAAUACUUUUAUUUCUUAUUCUAAUCAAGGUUAACAGUACGUUAAAUGGGUAAUAUGUCGAUUGAGAUUUCUCUAAAUUAAGGUGAGUUUAUCAAUUCAAUAAUUAAACAAAUCUACCAGAAAACAAAACAUGUACAACGUAUUCAUUAACUCAGUAAUUGGUAACAGAAAAUUUGGAAUAAUUAUCAUAACAUAAUUCUAAAAUUAGUAUGAAAUAUUGUCUGUAUAAUUCUGAAUUAUAUUCCCCGAAUUGAAUCAGUAUGCACAUGGGGUUGCAUUGUAAUCCGUUGCACCUGGCUAGUUGUUAGCUAAUAUAGAGCAUUAUAUUGGUGAAUGAAUAGGUCACUACUCACGUAUUUCAUAUUCACAUGCUUGCAUCAAUUCCGCACUACACUACCUUACCACUUUGCUUCCAACAAUGUCUUUAACAAUUGUUCUUUUAUUUAACUAGUUUUUGAACCUAUUCAACAAACAGACAGGAAGGGGAAGAUGGAGAAGUAUGUAACAUAUGAAGAUAUUAACAGUCGAAAUGCAGCCACCAAUUGAUGACAGUUACCUUGUUGGCUUCUUGCAUGCGAAAGUUCAAUGGAGCGACUUCUUUACUUACCUCGUAUUCUCAUAACACUUGAAAAUUUGACAAGGGACGAAUUAGACUAACUUUUUAUGGUGUGACGGUUUUAAGUAGACCGUCCAAAAGAAGUGCCGAAUUAGACUAACUUUUUAUGGUGUGACGGUUUUAAGUAGACCGUCCAAAAGAAGUGCCGAAUUAGACUAACUUUUUAUGGUGUGACGGUUUUAAGUAGACCGUCCAAAAGAAGUGCGCCAAUCAAACAUGCUUAACGAACUUAAAACCAUAGACAAAAUAACAUUACUCCGAUCCGUCUGUCCCUUAAAAAUUGCCCCAUAUAAAUUUCACUUUAUUAAGACCUUGGAUAAAGAUUUGAACAUGGGUUGAUAAGCUAGGUUGUUGUACACGAGGAAAGAGAGAGAACAAGUAAGAAAACGUACCAAAAAUAUAUAUAUAAAGCAAAUAAAAAGGGACAUCCAAACAUAAUAUAGCAACCACAUAAUUGGGGCAAUCUUUUAAGUUUUAAGCAAUAGACGUAGGGGUGCAACCUACAAAGAAGGUAAGCUGAAAGCUGAAAGCUGAAAGCUGAAGGUGUGCAGUGUCAGCUGUGUGGAUGUUGCUUGUCAGUAAUGAUAGUAGCAUGAAGAGAGUAGGUGGCAAGAAAACAAAGCAAACACGUUGGUAAAAUACACAGACGAGUAGCUAACACUUGUAGUAUCUGUCAUUCAAAUUCAUUAAUUAAAUAACCAAAUAAAAAUAAAGAUUAUACAUGGAGAUAAAACAUCAAACUCAGAACUCGAUCGUAAUUCGUAAAGAUAAAACAUCAUCAUCAAUGGCAGUGGUGUAUUGGUACAGCGUGGUAUCAGUAGCAAUUGUACUCACUGCAUCUCUUGUGGCUACUGUCUAUGUCUUGUGGAAGAAGAACCAGACACAAUCUCAACCUCAUUCUGCUGCUGCUACUGCUGCAAUUGAACAGAGGAAGAAGAAUUGGUUGUAUGAAACCCUUUUAUUCAUUCAUCAUCAUCACAUUCAUGGCUUUCCAAGUGAUGAUUCUACUACUGUGUUUUGGACUAGCUGCUGGAUUGCCGUACACCCUGCUUACCUUCUUGCUUUUCGUUUGUUCUCCUUUUUCACCCUCGCUUUCUUCUUAUCUUGGGAUAUUCGUCACUGGGGAACUUCCAUCUUUAUCUACUACACCGAGUGGACUUACUCAUUAACUAUGCUGUAUUUCGCGAUUGGCAGUGUUAUAUCUGCUCAUGGCUGCUGGUUAUUACAUACACAACAUAAUAAGAAUCAUUCUCAUAAUUCUUUACUAGAGUCUACAGAAAGGGGUGAUCUUGAAGAUAAUCCAAUCAAGAUUCUAAGAAACAAAUACAAGCCCGGAUUUUGGGGAAAUCUUAUGCAAAUUUCUUACCAGAUUAGUGCAGGUGCUGUUAUUUUGACUGAUAUAAUAUUUUGGUGCAUUAUUGUCCCCUUCAUUUCAAAUGCACGCCUCGGCUUAACCCUGUUGAUGGGAUGCAUCCAUACAGUGAAUGUCGCCUUUUUGCUUCUCGACACUUUAAUCAAUCGCCUUCCGUUUCCUUGGUUCCGGAUUUCAUAUUUCGUGCUGUGGAGCUCAGCUUAUGUCAUCUUUCAAUGGCUAAUCCACCUCUGUGGUGUCACUUGGUGGCCAUAUCCUUUUCUGAAGCUGUCAAGACCAUUAUCACCUGUCUGGUAUCUGGUUUUAGCUGUAUGUCACAUUGCUUGUUAUGGAAUUUAUGCAUUAAUCGUGAAGCUCAAGGAUUCGGUCUUCUCCAAAUUGUUUCCACAUUCUUACAUUAGAUCAGAUUAGUUAAAACUGUGAUUAAUUGUUAAGGAUUGGUUAUGUCAAGAUUCUCAAGAAAUAUGUACAUCAGUACAAGGGGUUCGAAUACUCCAUUAUUAUUAAGGAUUCGCAAUUUUUGCUUUGGUCUCUAUGAUCAGCUUUUUGGCGGUAAAUAAUGUACCAGGAAAAAUAAGUGAAAAUCAAAUGAAUAGAACGCACACUUAAUCAACUCU